AUGACCGUUGUAUGGAUAGCAACAGUAGAUACUCAGUACGGAGAGCAAGGAGACCCCCGAGUUCCGAAACGGGCAUAUGCUUCCACUUCAAUAGGCUUGCGUCGCGAUUUCCUCCCCUCAACAUGCACCCCUCCCCCCUCCCAGAAUCAACCCCCUAUCCCUCGAUCGCUGCGCGUGCGCGUCCGGGCUGGUAGCGUCACUCUGAAAAGGCCAGGCUCGUGGGGAUCAGUAUUCGACGGUAGGGAGCGACGCAUGACGGACACAUGCGCGCGUCACCGACUCGCGAUUGGUAAUGGACGAGAAUCGAGCGUCGUCGGAACCCCGGCGAUGACGCCAGACGCCACACGCAUGCGCAUCUCCACGCCACGCUACUCGGAAAAGCAAGGGGUGGACCAAACGGGGACGCUAACGAGGGGGACUGUUUCCAAGCGAAGGUGGUUAAAGGGUGGCGUCGAGAAGUUCUGGAAAUUUCCACCGUCACCCCCCGCAGUAACUCCCUUCCAGUACGGCGUCAACGCGGAGACGGUUUUGCGUACGUCCAAGCGCGUCCCAUUCCCCUCCGAUCGGUUAUCGACUAAAUUACAAACAAAACGACGCGCGCGUAGUCUAGACAUGGAGCGAACAAAGGAA